AUCCCUGCCUGGUGCUCAACAACCAACAGCUCAAAGUUUACCGGACACGUUUCUCCUAUUCAUCAAUAUCCCCAUUGAGUAUCAAAGCCAAUUUAUGACUGGCCAACAUGUGCACGUGAUCCCAUACAAAUACACCAUAUUUGGGCAGCGGCACGUCGGAUCAAGAAUUAAAAAAAAAAAAAAGAAAAGAUACCAAAGCCUACUCCACCUAUAAAUCCUGGCUUAUUUUUUUUAGGGCAGACAGCUCAGAAUUUUCCAAAAGCGGCGACAAAGCAACGCAAUGAUCAACAAAAACAAGGAAAUAGCCGCAACACACGUCCCGCAGACCCUCUCUGGUUUAGCAAGAAAGUGUCGCUGCUAGUUUGGGGAAAAGAAAAAAAACAACAAAACAAUGAGCUCUUAUGUUGACUGCUCCAACCUCAGGCAAACAAGCGAGACAACUUCUCCCAACACUAUGUUUAGUUUCGAUCUAUCUGGGCGCGCGUCCAGCCGCUAUGAGGGUGUUAAUGUGAACGGGAUAUUCACUUGUCCCGUCCCCACGACCUCUGUUGAGCGGGACGAGAUGAAAACUAGCCUGCGUGGCAACACGGAUACUCCUCUGCCGCCGGGACCACAGAUAACCAUGGUCUCCAGCAGCUCCUCCGUGGACGCGAGCGGGCUGCGCUACGGCGGCGGCACGCUGCUGGGACUGGGGGCGGACAGAGACCCGGACAGGAGCGCGAAAUCCGGCGGCAACGUGAGCCAGGAGGGCGAGAGGAACGCGGAGAGCACGCAAGCGGCGAAACGCAACGCAAAAGUGAACCAGGACAGUGAGCAGCGGCCACAGAUUUACCCAUGGAUGACAAAACUGCACAUGAGCCACGAAUCGGAGGGUAAGCGGUCCAGGACCAGUUACACCCGCUACCAGACUCUGGAGCUGGAGAAAGAGUUUCACUUCAACCGCUACCUGAGCCGCCGCAGGCGCGUAGAGAUCGCCCACACCCUGUGUCUAAACGAGAGGCAGAUCAAAAUCUGGUUCCAGAACAGACGAAUGAAGUGGAAGAAGGACUCAAAGAUCAAAGUGAAGGAGUAGAGGCGCACCAGUGAAGCGGGGUGUGCGCCGCAGCACGUUUUCAGCCCCUCUACUGCACAGUGCUGGAGUGCCGCCUGACCUCCGGAUGAACCGCUAGGAGCAAUGACAUCAUGACACCGCUCCGUGUGCUUCAUCACCAAUUAUGUGUCACUUGCUGCAGUUUGGGACCUAAUGUAUUGAAUAUCACUCACUUUGAUCAAUCGGUUUACAUUUCUAAAUUAAUUUGCUGCCCAUGCGAUGAUAACCUCACUUUGCUGCACGGAGGGGACACGAGGUCGAGGGGGAGCCGGGGUCCCUCACGCUGCCAGGCUUCGGUCUCGCAGAGCACUGAGAGGCUGCACAACGCUGCUAAUAAUCCAUGUUUCUGAUUAGGGUAAAAAAAAAUAAAAAUAAUAAUAAUAAUAAAAAAAAUUUAAAAAAGAGUCUGGGUGCGUGGCAUCCAACUUUUCAUCAUCACCAUCAUCAUCAUCAUCAUCAUCAUUAUCAUGUGAGAAAAUUUUAAGGUCAAAGACUCAAAUAAAGGAUAUUUGAUGAUGUGAUCACGACAGUUCAAAUAGUUUCCCACCUCUUUUUUUUCUCCUCCUGUCUGUCGAAUUUGCUCGUCUAACAUGUUGCAGUGCAAACAAGUUGGGACGUGUGUGAUGACGUGUGAUGUGUUCAGUGAGAUAAUAUCUUUUUUUUUUUUUGUGAGUGGAUUUCUGUCAAGCCGUCCUCCACGUGUGUCUAUUUUUUCCUUGUGAAUCUUAAUCAUUAUGUGUAAUUCAGCGACUGGAUGUGAAAAAUAUUGUCAUGUGCAAUGAAGCCAAUUUUCUCUUGCCCAACCCCCUUUGUAAACUUUCACGGUUCACACAAGGCCUAGAAUAACUGAUAGAUUGUCGACUGUAACCAAUAAAGUAUCAUCAUUUAAAAAAA